AUGUGUGAGUGGAUGGUUGAAUUCAAAACUUAUUUAACUCUCAAGUAUUUGGCUUUUGUGACAGUCAAUGAAGCUGAUGAGGAGAUGGAGGUGUUAGUCGAUGAGCUGCGAGCCACAGUUUGUGUUAAUAUUAGUGUCCACAUGGAGAAAGGAGAGGAAUCCUUCAUCAAGGAUUAUUUGAGUGGGUUUGUGGAGGUUGUUUGUGAUUUUCUUCGUGUUGCAUCGUCCUCUUCGAGUAGGGAAAAGUUGAUUGUGGCUGCGAUUAAGUUUUUAACUAGAGUUAGCAUGAGCGUGCGCCAUGUAAUUGUGCCUGAGUUGCAAAGUAUGGACCUGAAUGGUUUUCCUUUUUUGAAAGCUGGUGCUUUGAAGUUUUUCACCGUGUUUAAGAUUGAGAUAGAGAAACCUGUAGCGCUCAUGUUGCUUCCUGAUAUGGUAGCGUUCCUUAAUUCUGAAUCAAAUGUGGUCCAUUCGUAUGCAGUAACCUGCAUUGAGAAAAUUUUGCUAGUGAAAGAUGAUGGUAGGCCAAGGUUCACCUCGACGGAUAUUGCUUAUUUUUUGGAUUCGUUGAUGGCCAACCUAUUUACUGCCCUACAGAAGUCAGAGUCUGGGGAGAAUCAUUAUCUAAUGAAGUGUGUCAUGAGGGUUCUUGGUGUGGCCGAGAUGAGGUCACUACGAUACCCCGUAGACGAAUUUAUUCAUAAUCUUGUGAUAUUCAUGUGUCGAUUCCUCAUCAAAUAUGGUGCAGAUAAACUCGUGGUUUCGAUAAAUGCUGUUAAGAAUGAUUUAUUUCAUAAGCUUUUGGAGAUGUUCUGGGUACCUAAUCUUGAAGACGCUGCUAGUUAUAUGGAACGGAAAAUUACUUCAGUUUCUUCAUCCAAACUUCUGUGUGAAUUACCAGAUAUUUGGGAAUCUGGUCUUGCAGGGAAAUUGCUGAACAGCAUUGUGACUCUUGUGUCGCGCUUUCCUCGUCUCUACAAUGUUCAACGGAAAGAAGAGGACCCUUUGAAGGAAAUUAAGGAUCCAAAGCAGUAUUUUGUUGUUUCCUUGGGCAAAUUAUGUGCUGCUUCUCCUAGGUUGUAUACUUCCAUUAUUACCGACAAUCUUGAUUAG